CUUGUUGAAUAGCAGAAUAGAAGCUCCUUAUUGGCCAAUUCAUUGAAACAAAAUUCCUGAUCAUGACCGGAUCUCAAAUUUGUGGAUGCAACACUUACCCGGGCAUUACCAGCUCUAUUACGUUUCUACCCCACCAUACAUCCGGACUUCGGCAAUGAUAGCUUCCAUUUAAGUUCGCAUAUAGUUCUUGACUGCUCAUCCACAGUUAGACAAUCGUCACGAAAUUCAUCAUGCCGAAGAUAUCAUCCAUUGAAUACUUUCGUGUACCACCUCGCUGGCUCUUUGUCAAAAUCACCGACGAUGUUGGCAACGUAGGCUGGGGCGAAGCCUCCCUUGAGGGUCAUACACAAGCUGUUGAAGGCUGUUUGGAUGCUUAUAUAGCCAGGUACACUGGCAUGGAAGCUGAGUACGAACAUAUUCAAUGGUAGAUUAUGAGUGGUAAUUUCAGGGACUGACUAUUGUAGUGAUAUUGAACAUAUAUGGCAAAUGUCUUGGAGGAGCGGAUUUUAUCGUGGAGGCCCAGUUCUUAUGAGCGCAUUGUCUGGAAUUGAUAUUGCUUUAUGGGAUCUAAAAGGUAUGCCUCAUUCAUUCGCGUCAAGUACUUGCACUGAUUAUACUGCCAGCCAGAAGAUUAAAUGUCCCCAUCUACCAGUUGCUCGGUGGGAAAGUCAGGGACAAGAUAAAGGUAUACGCGUGGAUUGGUGGCGAUAGACCUUCUGAUAUUGCCAGCCAAGCGUAAGUUUACCUUAAACUCUUCUUAACAUAGACUAAUUAGAGUAGUCAAGCUAGAAAAGACCAAGGGUUCACAGCAGUCAAAAUGAAUGGCACAGAGGACCUCGGAUGGCUUGAUUCGCCAUCUGCCUUGGAUAGCUGUAUAGAACGAGUCAAAGCUGUUAGGGAACUUGGCAUGGACGUAGGGGUUGAUUUUCAUGGUAGAGUUCACAAACCAAUGGCAAAGCAGCUAGCAAAGGCUUUGGAACCACAUCGACCGAUGUUCUUGGAAGAACCGCUACUUUCAGAACAUAUCAAUGGCAUUAAGGACUUGUCACAACAGACAAGCACGCCAAUCGCACUGGGUGAACGCCUUCACAGUCGAUGGGACAUUCGACCAUUUCUCGAGGCUGGUGCUAUAGAUAUUUUGCAGCCAGAUAUUAGUCAUUGUGGUGGCAUCAGUGAGAUGAAACGGAUUGCUGCUAUGGCUGAGGCAUAUGAUGUUGCUCUGGCACCACAUUGCCCUCUAGGACCCAUUGCACUAGCCGCAAAUAUUCAGAUCGCCGCGUCUUCCCCAAACCACGUUAUUCAGGAAAUGAGCUUGGGUAUUCACUACAAUGUUGGUGGGCAAGAUCUUACGAGCUAUACAACUAAUCCGGAGGUUUGGAAGGUAACCGAAGGUUAUAUCAAUUUGAUGACAGGACCAGGACUUGGCAUAGAGAUUGAUGAGAAGCAAAUACGCGAACUUUCGCAAGGAGCAGUGCCUUGGGUAAGCCCUGGAUUCAUUGGUCCGGGUGGUGAGAUUCGAGAAUGGUAGAACCAACCAUGUAUGUAUUUUAGCGUAGACGUAGAAGGUCUUCUGAUUGGCCCCCCGCCAAAAAUAAGAGAACAAUAAUUUCGAUUUGUCAAACCGAUUACAACUAUAUUAUUUCCAUUGUUCUGCGGGGCAUAAAAUUGAUACGUUUCGUAAAAGCGCAAGAUCACGAGAGCUACUCUAGUCUAGUCUCUAGCAAAGG